AUGGCUGAUGAAAGUGAUACGUUAACAAUCAGUGAACAAUUGCGCCUCGCCAAAGAUAUGGGAUAUUCUGAUGAAGAAAUUAUGCAAGCAAUUAGCAUGAAUUGCGCUAAAGAUGGAUCCUAUCGAGCAUUUUCAUCAACAAACGCUAUGAUCGAUAUGUUAGCAAGAGUACAACGAAUGUGUGAAAUAACCAACCGGAUCGAUUCCGGAACCGGAAUGAUCAAAAAAUAUGAAAGAAACAUUCAGUUAGGAAAUAGAAGCGAUACAGAUUUAAAUCAAAGGUUAUCCAGUUGCUGUUUUCGCUUUGCAUCUUUCAAUCGCUCUUCAAAUAUACAACAACAAUUAUAUGACAGUGAUAAUGCAUAUGGUUCGUCAUCGCAUACAUCUGGUCCAGGAAUACGUCGAGCUAUAUCAUUUUAUAAUCCAUCAUCAACAAUUCAUAAAUCACCAGAAAUGGUGACAACAUCUUCUCAUGAAUAUCGUUCAAGUCCACCACAAUUUCAAUUGCAACGAUUGCUUGAUGCAUUUGAAAAAGAGCAAAAAAGUUUCAACGAUGAAUCAAAACGAUCAAUUUGUGCACUUGAAGAAAGAUGCAGGCAAUUUGCGGAUAAUCAAGCAAUUCUUCAAGUUCGACUUCUGGAAAAAGAUUCUGAAAUAGAAUUGCUAAAAACUCAAUUAAAUACAUGCUCAGCAGUUGAGGAACAACUACGAUUAAUAAAAAUAAAAUUAGAUAAUGAAUUACUCGAAAGUAAGAGUAAAAGUGACGAAAUUCGUGUUUUAAUAGAGCAAGCUGAAGUUGUUAAAAAGCAACAUGAAAAUGAAAUUCGAGAAAAAGACGAAUAUAUCAGCAAACUUUUCUCAAAAUUGAAAGAAGCUGAAGAUGAAAGGAAACCAGCAUUUGAAAAAACUGCCAAUCUUCAAAAUGAAAUUGAUGAUUUGAAAAAACAGUUAGCUGAAAAGGAAGCUGAUCUCAAGAAAUGUGGAAAUUGUUAUGAUGAAAUGCGAAAAGCUGAGCAAUUAAUUGAACAAAUUCGUCUGGAACGUGAUGAAGUACGAUCAACACUGAAUAAGAUACCCACAUGUGUUAUUUGCCUUGAUAAACGGCCACAAAUGCUCUACAUGCCAUGUUCACAUUUUAUUUGUUGUGAAGGAUGUGGCAGUCGAUUUGAGCAGUGUCCAGCAUGUCGGCAAAAAAUAUGUGGCAAAAUAACAGCUUAUCAAUGA